UAAAAACACUAGCGUCCUCAUUGCUUUCUCGUUCCAUGCUUGAAUUAAAUUUGAAUUUAGUUUCACAUGAAAUUAGUUACACGUUAUUAAAUUUCUGAGAGUACUGUAUUUUCUUGGUUGAAAAAUAAUUCAAAUAGAAAUGGAUGAUGAAAGCAGAUUAUCAGCUGAUGAAUAUGAAAAACAAUAUUUUGGGUUUAGUUCUACCGAACUGAUUGAAGACUAUAGGGAACAAGUAAUCGUAGUUAUCCAAAGAACUAUAUCGGAUAUUUUUACCACUAUUUCAGAGCUAGGAAAAUCGGAACCUGCCAAAGAAACUCUUUCACUGAGAAUUCAAGACUUGUAUGAUGCUUUCCGGGAGAGUGCUAAAAGCCCCUUGGAACAGUUUGAAAAUGAAGUAAGGAAGAUAUUUGCGAUACCAAAGAAUGUUCUUCUUGAUGAAGAUAAAAUACGAAGUAAUGCGUAUUCAGACGAAGAUGUGGAUAUGUUGAAGAAAGAGAUUGCUGACUUGAAGAUAGAGAUGAUACAGGAGAGAGUUUUUUUAGCGAAAUGCAAGCAAAUGAAGGAAAUUAUUGAUUCUAGAAUUUCUCCCAUUUAUGAGAAAGUUAAUGGCUUGAUUUCAACUGCCAAAGUGGUAUCCAAAAACAUUGACGAGUGUAAAGAAGGUAAACCACAGAAAUUGAUAGAAACCCACAAAAAGUACGUUCAUCAUUACUUCAGUCAUGAUGGGAACUAUGAUGAGUAUUUUCAAAAACUGAGUAUCAAAUUUUUAGUGAAAAACUAGCAAAUAGAACAAAAUUUGUUGAAGAAUAUAUGUUGAGAGAAUAAAAGUACCGAUAUGUUUAUUUUGAAGCCAUAUAAUGUGAUGUAAGUGUAACUAUAGGUGAUAAUGUAUGAAGGAAAGUUUGUGUAUUUUGUCAGUGAAAUGACUUUCAAGAAAAUGAUUUUUAUAUGCAAACUUAGUUUGUAUUAAGUGUACAACUGCUCAAUAGCGCUAUACAUUUUUUUUGUUCUACAUUUCAGGUAACAAAACAUAAAUAUAUGAAUUAUUCAUCAAACAAAUUUUGCUUAAAUGAAAAUUUACUUUCACAACUAGAUUUCAAUUAUUCAUGUUCAGAAAAUUGACUAUUCUUGUACUAGAAUUGUAAACCCUUUUCAUCUCCUCUCAAGGCGUGUUGAGCGCCUCUAGAUUUUUCUGGUCUUCAAAAUCUGAUAUAUAUGGUGUGUUCUUUGAAA